UGGAUCUUUUGUAACUUGGAAAGGUUCUCUUAACGAAAAUGACUCGACUGAAUCUGCUUAUGCUUAUUGCCGUUCUGUUUAAUAUUUCACAAACAAAUGGCAAUUUACUAGCAAAAGUAAUAGGCGCCGUAGAUCAUAGAGUAAACGGAUUGAAAGCAGCGUUACUUCCUGGACACAACAAAGGACAGGACCAACAUAAAGUGAUCUGUGAAUCACAAACUAAAAUAAUCGGAUGUAGGGAUGGAGGCUUAAUCAAAAUCACCAAUGCUGUAUACGGAAGACUGAACAAGCUUACAUGCUUAAAUCUGUUGUUGUUGUUUUCCAACACAAAUUGCAAAUCAUCCUCAUCUUUGGAAAAGGUUCGAAACAGCUGUGAGGAUAAAACCCAUUGUGUGUUAUCUGCUAGAAGUUCUGUAUUUGGUGAUCCUUGCCCUGGAACGAACAAAUAUUUGGAAGUCACAUACAGAUGCAUACCACCAGUACCUGAAACGUGUGGGAAGUUUCCAAAGUGUCACCCCAGCGCCGUGUGUGUUGACAAUGACCAUUGUGAAUGUAAAGCUCCCAACCAGGGUGACGGCAUCAAAGGAUGUUACCCUGUUUGUUGGUGUCAGGCAUCCGGGGACCCUCAUUACAUAAUGUUUGAUGGACAGCGUGUCGAUUUCAUGGGUACCUGUAAGUACACUCUGUCCCAGUACCAAAAGGUGGGAGACACAUGUUCGUACGCUGUGGAGGUGAAGAACGAGCAUAGAAGUGGAUAUACACACGUGGCCUACACGCGUCUGGUUGACAUCAGAGUUUUUGACACAACCAUUAGGCUUCACUUACAGAAACGUGUCUACGUGAAUGGAAAACUAGUGUUUCUUCCCUAUCGGACCGCACAGUUUGAAAUAGCUUUAAGUGGGACGUAUGUUCGGUUGGAAACCAGGUGUGGUCUGGUGGUGCAGUUUGACGGUGCCUCUAGCGCCAUCGUCCAAGUACCUAAUGUGUACGGGAACGACCUAACUGGGAUCUGUGGUAAUUGUAACAAUAACCCAAACGAUGACCAGAAAGACUAUUCACGGUACGAGGUCGUGGAUGACUCUGAUCUACAACUUCAACAGUGUGGUCUGGUGGUGCAGUUUGACGGUGCCUCUAGCGCCAUCGUCCAAGUACCUAAUGUGUACGGGAACGACCUAACUGGGAUCUGUGGUAAUUGUAACAAUAACCCAAACGAUGACCAGAAAGACUAUUCACGGUACGAGGUCGUGGAUGACUCUGAUCUACAACUUCAACAGUAA